GAAUGUUCCCAUGAUCUCAGGUGUGAAGAGGCCUUCUGUUUAAACAAAGAUGUUCUCACUGUAUCGUCCUGUGGAGUCCUUUUGAAAUGUAAUUACUUUUUCUCUCUGGAUGUUUUUAUUGUUUUUAGAUGUGGUACGAGUGAAACCUGGAGAUGAUGUCAUUCUGCCAUGUCAGGCUGGUGAAGCCUCCAUCAGAGCUGUAGAAUGGAGCAGACCUGACCUGCAGCCAGAGUACGUCUUCCUUUACAAAAGUCGACUCUCAGAUCCAACCUACCAGCACCCAUCAUUUAAAGGCCGGGUGCAGCUGGUGGACAGAGAGCUGAAGGACGGAGACGUGUCUUUAAUUCUGAAGAACGUGAGCAGCAACGACGCUGGAACAUAUGAGUGCCGAGUUGCAGCAAGUGAGUCAAGUGAGAAAGCUGUCAUUGAGACGGAGCCAAUCAGAAUCAUCCAGCUGGAGGUUUCAGGGUCCAACAGCGGAGACGUCGAGGAGGGAAACUACAGACAUUACUAUGGACUGGGAGCAGCUUUUGUUCUGCUUUGUUUAGUUGCUGUCGGAUUGGUUGUCCAGAAAUAUAAAAGACAAGAAACCAGAACAGCCUGCUGAUGAUGAAGCUGUGAACGAUCCGUUCUUCUGACUUGUCACAGAUCCCUUUCCACCACAUUUCAUAUGUUCAACUUGAUUUUGAUUCUUUCUGUGGGUGUGAAUGUGUUAAUCUGGCAUUUGAGGGUUUUCCACCAUGAUGGUCUGGCUCAUCAGUGCAAACAAAUAUUUUUUUCUGUUCAUAGAUUGCUACCUUUCUUACCAGAAAAGAGCCAAAACUCUGACAAUGAAACAAAACUGCCUGACAGUAAAUAAAAAGAGCUGUGGACACUGCAGCAGGUGCAACACGCUUCAUUAAGCUCCAUUUAAUAAGCUGCUACUUAAACAGCAGAAUAAAGCAUCAAUAAGGCAGCACAGAGAUCUAGAGACAAUAUAAACUCCACAGCAGCUGCAGGAUGUAUAAAACAUAAUUAGGUACAUGUAAAAUUAUAGAUUUUUAAAAUAGUAAUCAAAGAGCAGACUGUAAAACGACUUUGACACAGUAAAGAGAGUAAAUGUCAUUGGUGGCUUCCAGCCCCGACCUCAACACUGAUGUAUCACAGAGACCUUCAUGAACAGACGACUCUAGAAAAUUGAAAACAAAACUAGGCCAGGACCUCAUCUGACAUUAAGAAUAGACCUGUGGUCAAAGCACCCGAUGCAACUCAGAGCCACAGUCUCAAAUCUGCGGAGAAUCUACAGACGGGAUCAUCACUAAAUAGGACAGCUGGUUUGUUUCUACUGUUGUACACUUAGGAAAAUAUUUAAAACUUCAUAAGCAUUUCAACCUUAAUGCAAAGCAUGCUGGGAAAUGAGUAAUGAAGUAAAUGAUUAAUUGGAAAUUUAGUCAUUGGAAUUCAUUACAACACACCAUAUAAACUUGAAACUGAAAAACAUCAAAUUACUGAGUUAAUAAAAGAAAUAUUGACUAAAAAUAACUUAUCCUUUCCUCUGGUUUCUCUAUAAUAGGGCUGUCCUCGAUGAAGGAUUUAUAUAGUUGAAUCAGAAUUGUCGAGUCUUGCCUAUAGUUGUCUGAUGGUCGAGUCAUGUGUAUGUUUUUGCACAGACAUUGCGUGCGGGGGUGGGGGGUUAACACAAGGAAGCUCUGCUUUCAUCCGGAGAAGCUGCAGAGCUGCAGUCUCUAUUCACGAGUCUCUGCUGUAACUUACACUGUACAUUUCCAGCUAAACUGAGACUUAUUGUUUUCCCGUUUUCCUCUGCUCGCCAUUCACCGGUCUUGUGCAGAGUUUUGCAUGGAUGCCCUGCAGCCGACAGCUGCGUGUACGUCGCGGCUCCUCGCUUCAUCUAUUUCAAUUCAUCCUAUUUAAAAACUAUAUAAUAUUCUUUGUGUGGUUCAUCAAUGGUGAUGAAUGAUUCGAAUGUCCUGCGAGGUGCGGGCAAUUCGGCACAACACCGGUGAAGUUUAGGCUCUGUCUCUAUAGCAAGUUCCUCUUCUGCCACUACACACUCUCACACCCAUAGACACUACCUCCACACAUGCGCACUGACCCCCGAUUUUUAAGGGUUCUGGUUCCAAUUUAGGAUUUAUUCACACACUAAACAUUUAUUUAAACCCUUUUAUCUUUUGAAAUGUUUAUUUACAGCAUUAUAUGUUGAAAUUUAUAUUGCAAUAGGCUGUAUAUCAACUUAGGUUGUCUAAAUAUUUAACUUUUAAAGCUGUUGAAGUUGCUUUUCUAUUUUUAUAUUGUAUAUAAAUGUAUAUUGAAAACUAGCAGGUUCUGGUUUGUGUGAGUUGAUGGUUUCUUGUAACUCCAUUGCAUUAGGUAAAAUUUCAUGAAGACCUUUUUGUGUUCUAACUGUGACUUUCUGUUUCUGUCAAUCUAAAAGUAAUAAUAAACUGUAUGUGAAGCCUGAA